UGAUAUCAUGGCCAUGUUCGCACGUGGGAAAGUGGAUGCCAAUCCCGCGGGUCCAUUGGGAUCCUCAUUACUGCAAUGAUCAGGUCGAAUGUGGCCAUACGAUUUACCAGCACACAACAAGAGUAACAUAGAGGGAUAGAUACAGUUUUUUUCACGCCAUUUCACACUCAAAUUCUAUCUGUUAAUUAUCACGGGUCAACCAGAGAAAUGGGCUCAGAAUUCUCCAUUCAACUUUCUAAGCAGCGACGACCAUAAUAUCAAACAUGAGGAAAGAAAGAAGACUUCUCUGCCGCCAAAAUCGCGACCACCUGCUCGCGAUUUUCCAGCCAGCCACCGAUCUCAGACACUACUACCACCAAUUCCAUGUCCGACGUCAAUAUGGGGGAAGCCCCGGGCGCCCACGAGACUCCGACCGCUUCCCCCCGUGAGCCCACCACCCCGAAGCGACCACCCAAACGACCGAGACCAGAGACACCGGGAAAGGAUAUACAGGCACCCCCUACGCCCAAGAACUGGCAGCCCGACCGGGAUACGCCCCCUGCAUCCCCCUCCUACGAAGCUCCCCAAAGCCAGCUAGGCUUGGAACUCCAAAGCCACAUUGCAGCAGCAGUGGCCACACGCACCGCAGAGAUAAAGUCUACAGGAGAGGAAGUCCUAGAGCUGGCCUCCGCAGUCAGCCAGAAAGUGACUAACUGGGAAGAGAAAGGCCUACAAGGAGCAGCCUCCCUGGGCAGGGACAUCAGGUCCCUGGUCCUCAAUUUCAGCAAGAGCCUCGCAACCAGGAUCCCCACCAAAGAGAACAAGAACCACCAACCCCCCUCAAAGCAUAACAGCUACGCUGAAGUGAUGAGAACCUCACCCAACACCCCCAAGACACACCCCAAACCACCCAAGACCCCGUAG